CUACAAUUAUCGAUAAUAAACGGUUUAUAAAGAAGAAUUUUUUUCACUGCGUAUAAAUUUUUAUAUAUUUUCAUGCUUUAAUUAAGCAAAAAUUAAUACAUUUCAUAUAAAUUAAAAGUACGUGAAGAGUUUUAUUCGGCUUUGAAUAAAAAAAUCAAACAGCUUGUAUGUGAAGUAUUUGUUAAACGUACGUGUGUGUGGAUAAAAACAGAAAGAAAAAACAUUUUUGAGAAUUUAUAAUAAAUAAGAUAAACAAGCACACAAUUUGAGUUUUUGUUUAGAAUUCAUUAAAGCAAGCUAAACGACAAACUUACAAUCCAAAGGAGAUGUUUAAGUAUUCAUAGUUUGUGCGUGAAUGUGUGUGUUGCUUGAUUUGGGACUAUCAUUAAUAUUGAUAAUAUAUUUUGAUGAAAAGACCUUCUGCUGCUGAUGGUAGGGGGGUAGUUACGCUUGCGUUUAAUGGCCGAAAAUGGAAACUUAAACAACAACAAUUUUAACAACAACUUCAAUAAUACACAUUCAACAAGGGAAUUUAUAAAUACAUCCACAACAGCUAUAACUGGUGUAGAAGAUUCAACAACUACGUCAUUAUCAGUUACAACAACAAAUAUAGAACCACCAGGCCUAACUGAAAGGGAUGCUACACACUUCCGUUUGCGAGACGGUGUAAUAGAGGGCUUUGAAUAUCUAACUUGUUUAAGUUGUGGGGAAAAUUUUAAAUCCUCUUCUCUCAUAGAAGUCUAUGAUCAUUAUCGUGAACGACCACACCUAAGACAUUACGCCAAUUGUCUAUACUGUCAAGGUAAAGUUCACCAGUAUUACCACAAUCGCGAGCAGCAAGUAAAAUACUAUCAUAAUUGUUUACGUUGGAAAAGGGGAGAAGAUAAUUAAUGAUGAUGAAAUAUGAAUCAUAUUCUGUGUCCAUCAGCGAACAAAGGGACAGUGUGAGUGCUGAAUCGGCCGAGUCGGAAUAUUCAGAUGUUGAUGCACGUUGUGAUGAUGAUGCCAGCAGCAUUAGCUCCCGCAAUAAUAAUGGCAGUUCGGGUGGCUUUGGUAAGCGUUGGUCUAAAUCGGAGGAUACUCUACUUAAAACACUGGUAGAACAGCAUGGUGAUAGAUGGGAUCUUAUAGCUCCACAUUUCAAAGAUCGCACUGAGCCUCAGGUUCAGCAACGUUGGGCUAAAGUUCUAAAUCCCGAAUUGAUUAAAGGCCCCUGGACUAAGGAAGAAGAUGAAAAAGUCAUGGAACUGGUUAGGCGUUUUGGUCCCAAAAAAUGGACACUUAUAGCGCGUUAUCUUAAUGGACGCAUUGGCAAACAGUGCCGAGAACGUUGGCACAAUCACCUCAAUCCCAACAUUAAGAAAACUGCCUGGACUGAAGAAGAGGACCGCAUAAUCUAUCAAGCUCACAUGCAAUGGGGAAAUCAAUGGGCUAAAAUAGCUAAACUCUUGCCAGGACGUACGGAUAAUGCUAUAAAAAAUCAUUGGAAUUCCACCAUGCGUCGCAAAUAUUAUGAUAAUGAACGCAAAUCUUCACGUCCUUGUUCAGACUUGAAAGCUUCACGAUCACAUCUAAAAACUCUCAUCAAAUCUGGUGCUGUCAUGACUCCCGGUUUAGUUUUAUCUGCCCAAAUCUUACAACGCAAUGAAAAUAAAAAUCUAGCCACAGAGCAGAAACCUAGCAUGGCUAAAAUGUCCACCAGACCCACACCAAAUAUAUUAAAAAGAGCCAAACAACAAAAUCAACAAACACAGGAUUACAAUCUUAAUAGUCAUUAUCAUGGAUCCAUCAAAAGUGAACUCAAAUUACCAGAUUCACCAGUAAUAACACCCAUUAAGACUCUUCCCUUUUCGCCCAGUCAAUUCUUGAAUUCACCCUGUCUAACUACAUUCGAAGAUAUGAAUUUGCAUGCCAGUACACCCGUCAACAAGAAUCAUAAUCGUGUUGGUGCUGAUAUGAAAAAAGAAUUGGAAAAUUCUUCUAUAGAAACACCACAUAAAAGCUUUAUUGGUCCUCGUACACCAACACCAUUCAAAAAUGCACUGGCUGCCUUGGGUAAGAAACGUCGUGGUGAACGUUACAUUCCACCAAGUCCUUCCAGUUUAGUUGAGGAUCUGGCCGAAAUCAUACAUGACGAGCAACUAAAUGACACUAAUCAAUCAAAUAAAGUUACAGUCAAAAAGGAAAACAUACCCGUAACGACAACAACCGGUUCAGAUGGUGGUAACAAUGUUAAUAACUCUCAACUUCCUCCACCCACAAAGAAAGCACGCAAAUCUCUUAUAACUUCCUGGGGUGAAAAUAUUAUGCCCACAAAUCACUCUUCACACAACGAUGGCAAAAUGGAUAGAAAAUCUCAACCAUUUGAAACAGAAACCCCUAGUAAAUUUUUAAUAUCCGGUGAAUCUAGCAUAAUGCGUGAUACACUGUGCAGUGAAAAUGAUUUGUUACUCGAUGAUGAUGAGGCCAGAGAUGAAGAGGCUAAGAAGGAGAAUAAUAGACCACAGCUGGACACUGUGGUGGCACGCCAGCGAAAUUCACAACAAUAUUUAGAUCCUAAAUGGGAGAAAAUGGCCUGUGGUCAAACCAAAGAUCAACAGUAUAUGGUGCAACAGGCACAUGCUUGUCUUAAGAAUCUCGCCUUAAUGCCCAGAUCAUUGAAUUUCGAAAAGCAAAAGUAGUCAGCAGAUUUAGAGGUGGAGGAGGGGAUGUAAAGAAUGUACCUUUAAAUGAAAUCAAUUAAAAACUGAAGCAAAUACAAAAGUUAGACUAACAGUUAUACACACUAUUUGGCAAUGUAAACAAAUGCAUAUAUAAACAUAAACAUUUUUUAUAAUUUUAUAAUGGCAAAUAGUUGUAGAUUGUUGCUUAACUAUAUUUUUUUUACAAUAAUUGGUAAAACUUUUUUAAUACUAUUAUAUUUUCUAUCAUUGUAACAAGUUGAAAACUCUUAAACUACUCGUUGAUUUUUAAAAUAUAUACGAGAUUUACGAGUAGCAUAUACAAAUCCAUAUUUAACAUUUCGUUGAUAGUUUCUUUUUUGAAAUUUUAGUUUUAAGAGCAAAAAUUAAUAUAAACAUAUAUUUUGAAGUAUCAUACGUUAAACCGUAGUAGUUAUAUUUUUUUUAACCUUUACUAUCUUAAGUUUAAGUAUAAAAAACAAUUCCUUUGUUUUAUUAUUUUUGUUUUCUGCACCAAGUCUAUAUAAAACUUAAAGAUAUAAUGUAAGACCUCAAUAACAAUAAUCAACCUAUAAAUAAUUAAUUAAUUGAUUUUAAGGCAAAACAAACAAACAAACCAAAUGAAUAAGCAAAAAUUCAUUGUCAUUAUAUUUUUGCAUAUAAACUUGAAAUUUUUUUUUUGUAUAUGCACCCUUUAUACUAUAUUAUCAAUAUUAACUACUAACAAUUAAAGAAUAAAACUUAAAUAUAUGUAAA